AUGUCCAUGUGUGGAUCCAAUAAACCGUCCGGAGAAUGUCCGGUGCUCCCUGUUGAUCUCGUCAUCAAUAUCAUGUCGAAAUUGCGGAUGAAGUUUAUGGCUAAGUGUCGUUGCAUAUCCAAGCUCUGGUCAUCGGUUAUUCGCCGUACAAAUAAUAACCUGUCGUUCCCGAUCACGCUUCCAGAUCCACCACCGCGGAUCCUUUUCACCAUCGAAUGUGAAGGAGGUUUGUUCUUCUACACUUUACCUCAGCCUCUCAAUCCGGAUGUGAAGACGUCUCUUGCAGCCACCUUCCAUCAUAAGACUUCGGGAAAAGAUCUCUAUGAAGUAUGUCAACCUAUCCAAGGACUGGUCUGUCGUCAACAUACUGAUGAAGAGAAUUAUACAUUUGCGGUGAUUUCUAAUCCCAUCACGGGAGAGUCUUUAACCUUGCCAAUGGAGAAGUUCAGUUCAAAGGCAAGAAAAGAAAAAUAUUAUUUUGGGUAUGAUCCAAUCGACAAACAGUUCAAGGUAUUGCGUAUCACCUGGUGGAGUUUUACUUUCAAAAAGUGCUCCAGUGAGUAUCACGUUCUCACAAUAGGGACUGAGAAUGAAAAUCUCUUAUGGAGAGAGGUCCAAUGUUGCACAACUCUGUAUCCUCAAAACGAGAGUGGGAUAUGCAUUGAUGGUGUUAUAUAUUAUCCAUCGGAGAUGGAAAAGGGAAAACUUACAAUCGUCUGCUUUGAUGUUAGGUCUGAGAAAUUCAAUCUUGUUAGCGUUGGUCAAGACUUGGCAACAAAGAUAGACUCUUCCGGUUUCACUUUAGUCGAAUACAAGGGUAAACUAGGUGCUUAUAAGAGAGAUAUCUACCGUGAUUGUUUUGAGUUGUGGGUUUUAGAGGAUGUCGAGCAACAUAUAUGGUCAAAGCGUGUCUACCAAAUUCCUCUUCGAUGGUUCAAAAAAAUCAGCCAUGUACGUCCUGCUGGAAUGAUUGGUAGUUGCGAAAUGGUGUUUGUGUUUGACCAAAGUAAAACGAGCUAUGCAUGUCCUUUCUUCAUUUUAUACUACAAUCUUGAGAGCAACACUUUCACCAAAGUAAAAUUGGAAGGUUUAUUAUUUGAAGAGUUUUCUCAGUACAGUAGGGUUCACGCAUUUACAAACUAUGUUGAAGAUGUGAAGCUUAUGUAA